ACUCCGCAGAACAAUAAGGAAGAGGUAAGCGUGGCCCUGACCAAGUCACCAACAACAGGAAUAAUGGCUGAAAAAGCAGAGUCUACAUAUUCACACCUUCUAGUUCCUAUUCUUCUUCUAAUUGGCUGGAUUGUGGGUUGCAUCAUAAUGAUUUAUGUUGUCUUCUCUUAGAAAGGCAAGAAAACAUCAGAUUGACUUCAUUGAGAAGACUUAAGAAAAACAUGAACAUGACUGAUUAUUAAAUGUGUCUCAAGUUAAAUAACUGCAAUGUUUGACUUCACUCUAUAAACUUGGAUUAUAAGCUGGUACUUUGGUGUGCAUAAGAAUUUCUUCAG